AUGCCCACUGUGCCACCUCCACCGCCCAAGGGUGCACAAACACCCGUGCGUAACAACCUGGUGCAUUUUCCUGAACAAAUAGCAUCAUUGUUACCAGAGGGACAGACAGUUCUUUAUUUAUGGGGUCAUGAACAUCGCUUGAGUUUUUAUGAAAAACAAACAAUUGAACCGGUGACAAAUUCAGGUAAAAAACUAACGUUAUAUGGACGAUGUAUUGGCAAUUCUGGUUUCCCGACGUUAGCAACAGAACUUCCGAUCAAAGCUCGCGAAACAAAAUUAUUAUUUUAUGAUGAUCGUUUAUUUAAUGUCGAAGGGAAUAAUGCUUGGACUGAUAUGGCAUUAGGUUUUAAUGGUUAUGUUACAAUGAAAUUUGUACGUCCAAAACAACUAGGUGAAACAAGCUUAUAUUUAAGUUAUAAAAGUUUAAGUUUAAAUAAAGAAGGACAAUUAACAAAUGAAAAUCCAACUAUUCUGAUAAAUGAAGAAUGGGCUGUUGAUUUAAAUGGUAAUGUUGUUCUCAUUAAACUACAACCUAUGAAUCAAGAAAUGACAAAGAGUGUACAUAUUGAUAUGAACAAACAUGAAUUAACAUCCACAUCAAAUGAAUCAGAUUGCUGUACAACUUUAUAA